GCUAGGUGCACUAAAUUGUGACUUUUUGGAAGCAUGGUCUGUCUUUUCCGUAAAAUUUCUGGUUUUCAGCACUUCACCAAGUCUGUACAGAGUGUGGACUCAGUGAGAGAUUGUGACUUGAAGAAGUGAAUACGUUCAUUUAUGUCACGCAUGCCAUUAUUUUGCUACUUCCCUACUCCCACAUCCCUACCACCAAGACACACGCACGUUCUCAGGGCAAUCUGAUGUGUGUAGAUUUCAAAAAGCCUAUCCAUUGUUUUCAUUGUAAUUGCUGAUGCUCAAGGUCGUGAUCUGGCAGGAGUGACUAUGGUAGUCCCCCAUAUUUGGGGGGGAUAUUUUCCAAGACAUACCUAUGAUAACGUAUAAAUUAGGCACAGUAAGAGAUUAAUGGCACUUUGGGUGCCAAAAUAAGGGUGGCUUUAACACAAGCACAAGAUAUCACAACAGUCGAUCUGAUGACUGAGAUGGCUACUGACUGACUGUGGUGGCUACUAAAUGACUAAUAGGCAGAUAGUGCAUACAUGUGGAUCCGCUGGACAAAGAGAUGAUUCACGUCCCUGGGGGGAGGGAGAGGGAUGGCAUGAGAUUUCAUCAUGCUACUGAGAACGUACAAUUUGAAACUUAUGAAUUUUUUAUUUCUGGAGUUUUCCAUUUAGUAUUUUCAGACCGUGGUUGACCGUGGGUAACUGACACCAGAGAAUGCAACGUUGCGGAUAAGUGGGGACUCCUGUACUAGAAGAAUGCACAUGCACAUUGAGUCCUGUUGUCCUUGCCACCUGGAGCACAGAACGUUUCAAAGAAAGUCUGUGAUUGCAGUGAGCUUCAUAGCAGCGUUCCUCUUCCUGCUGGUCGUGCGCCUUGUAAAUGAAGUGAAUUUCCCAUUGCUACUAAACUGCUUUGGACAACCUGGUACAAAGUGGAUACCAUUCGCCUACACAUACAGGAGGCCCCUUCGAACUCACUAUGGAUACAUAAAUGUGAGGACGCAAGAGCCUUUGCAACUGGACUGUGACCUCUGUGCCAUAGUGUCAAACUCAGGUCAGAUGGUUGGCCAGAAGGUGGGGAAUGAAAUAGACCAAUGCUCCUGCAUUUGGAGAAUGAACAAUGCCCCCACCAAGGGUUAUGAAGAAGAUGUUGGCCGCAUGACAACGAUUCGAGUUGUGUCCCACACCAGCGUUCCGCUUUUGCUAAAAAACCCUGAUUAUUUCUUCAAGGAGGCAAACACUACUAUUUAUGUCAUUUGGGGCCCUUUCCGCAAUAUGAGGAAAGAUGGCAAUGGCAUCGUUUACAACAUGUUGAAAAAGACUGUUGACAUCUAUCCGAAUGCCCAAAUUUACGUGACCACAGAGAAGCGCAUGAGUCACUGUGAUGGAGUUUUUAAGAAGGAAACUGGGAAAGACAGAGUCCAGUCUGGCUCUUAUCUCAGCACAGGAUGGUUCACCUUCAUUCUGGCCAUGGAUGCCUGUUACAGCAUUCACGUCUACGGGAUGAUAAAUGACACCUACUGCAGGACAGAAGGGUAUAGAAAAGUCCCCUAUCAUUACUAUGAACAAGGAAGAGAUGAGUGUGAUGAAUAUUUUCUUCAUGAACAUGCCCCAUACGGGGGGCAUAGGUUUAUCACUGAAAAGAAAGUGUUUGCUAAAUGGGCCAAGAAACACAGGAUAAUAUUUACACACCCGAACUGGACAGUGUCCUGAUGUUGGUUUUUCUGAUCUUGCCAUACCACUUGAGGUAAUCAUGAUGCUGCAACAGUGAUGCGAAUGAUGACGACGGUGAUGAUAAAGACAACAACAAUGAUGUUCAAGUUUCUGUACAUCCUCAGAUAUGAAUGGUGACUCUGCCUGUCAUUUGAACUUGGGAUUCCGUGGAGGGUGGUUGUGCUCAUUGUGUUCUUUCUGAAGGUUCAACAUUACAUACUGCACUUUAUAAUUUAACUGGAAUUGAAAUGAAGGCCAGUAACAUGACAGCAGUGACCUAAGAAAUGGGAAGAUUAUCCUUCAAGAUAGCUGCCCAGAAUUCUUGAAAAGUAAGUAACUUCCAAAAGCCAUGGGAUUUGGCCUCAUGAGGCAGUUUUUGACUCUAUAGUCUCUUGAACCUGAGCAGCUCCACCAUCUUGAAGAAUGGUUGAUCGUCGAACACUGACCCAAGAAAUGCUCUCUGGGUACAAGCAUAUUACUGCAGUUACUAGUUAGUCUGAGGGCAGGGGAGAAUCUCUUCCUGACAUACUGUCUUCCUACAGUACCUCCUACAGCUAAAGCCUCAGGCCAUUUCCUAAUUAACAAUGAUGAUGUCAUGGACAUCAUACCCAUCAAGAUUAGUUGACUAUCUCAAACACUUAAUUCAAAAUGGGCCAACUAGCAAAUCUUGAUGAAUUUCCACUCUCACCACUCCAUUCUUACUACCCCAAACAAUAUAACUAAACAUGUUACUAGAAUGAUCUAUAUUAAUGUUUAGUUAUUUUUGGUUGAGUCCUAAGUAUUUCAGAAGCUAUUUAACAUGUAAGAUAUCAACACUGUAAUAACAUAUACUGUGAAAACAUUCUUAAAACAUAACCAAAAGGAUUUACUAACUCUGCUUCAACAUCCAACAAAACAAAACUGUAUGCUUUUAAAAUCACAAAACAGGGAAAACAAAGCAUAUUUUUACAUCAAUUUGUAUCCUACCAUACUUCAUAAUAUAUAUUUGUAUAUUCCAAUUUCUAUUUUAUAGGCCCAAGAUGUCUCUCCUUACAUUACAUUACCAUUUCUAAGUGCCAACUGUUAGACAUGGAGAAGAAAUGCUUCCUUGUAUUAAAUCUGACCAGAACUUUUGCCUUCUUAGGGUUUAUUUUCCCCACAGUGUAUCAGUUGUUGUACCAUAAUAACAACAAUAAUAAUGACCUUAAUGUCCAAAGUGCUUUGUCAUUCAGAGCCCUGUCACAUAUGCUGUCCCAUGCAAUGCCCAUGACCACCCCACUGGGCUAUUGCCUAUGCAUUCUGACAUCUCCUUGGCAGAUAAUCUGUAAUUUGUUAAUUCCUCUGAUAUAUUCCAGAUUGCUCCCCUUGCUAAUAUUUGUAUAGAAUAGCAUUUAUGUAGAGUAGUAGCUAAUUGAUUUCAGUACCAAAUACAAUAUACCAUAUCAGGAUUAUGCAAAAAGUAUCACAAGGAUGGUCUUGGCCAUAGACUAGGACCUCUGUGAACAUAGGUACUUUUGAUUUUUUUCUUUUAAUGACUCUAUUUCGGUGAGGAAAAGAUGAGGAAGCAGAGGCAACAGGAGGGAAUGAAAGCAAAGAAAUACAGUUUCCUGUUCCCAUCUUGAGAUGACUCUGUUCUCCAUAUACUCGUUGCUCAUUAAAUAUUCGAAGGUCGAUUUGCCGAGAAAAGAGCUGAAAGACCAAAAACAUUCUUGCAAAUAAUCCAAAAGACAAAAGCCAGGAUUAAUUUAAAAAAUGUUUUGGAAGCUGGAAGUGAUGAUGCAUUCCACUUCAGGAGCAUUUUGCAAGUCCUUCCCAGUGCUAAUUCCUGUGAUGAAUUAUCAUUAAAAUGGGACAUUUGGGCAAGUCUCUUUCCUGCUCUUCUGCCAUUUUGAUACCCAGGACUCAGAUCCAUAAAAAUUAGCAAGCACCACUUCCAUUGUUGGAAUUGUUAAUGUUGUUAUUCUUUUUUUGUUUCCUUAUGUGAUUUUCAGUUCUAUGUAUGUUAGUUUUUUCUAGCUAAUGAUGGAUAGAAAUGCCCACUCAAAGAAAAAUAAACAGAUACAAAUGUUA